CACAUGAAGGCUCCUCUGGCCGCCUGCCUCCUCACUGCUCUUCUGGCCAUGGGGGCCUGCCUGCUGUGUGAGUUUUGCGCUGGGCCUGGAGCUGACUGCAGGGGCGACCGACAGUCCUGCUCUCCUGAGUUCGACUCGUGCAGCGUCGCGCUGACAGAUAGAACUUGGGAGAGAGAGAAAAAUCAAGCUACUGUCAAGGCCUGUCUGACCUCCCGCACGUGCAAAGCCGGACCCGUCUCUGUGAGUUUUGGGAAGGCAAAGGCAAUAAGGACGAUCGUCGCCUGCUGCCAGGGGGAUGGCUGCUCCCCAGAAGUGGCUAAAGUGCCCCCAGCUAACACCACCCUGAACGGCCGGCGCUGCCCCGGCUGCUACGCUCACCCCCCUGAACAAUGUCGUGAAGAGACCAUCGACUGCGUGGGCCCGGAGACCCAAUGUAUCGACAUCACUGUAACCACAAGAGCUGGUGGAACUCCCCCAAAGGCCGUCAUGAAGGGCUGUGCGACCGAGACCGCCUGCACCCGGAUAAAAGACGUGACAGGGGCCUUCCCAGGGAUCCUUGGAGAGCUAACCAACGGCAAAUGCACCCCAGCCGCCAGCACAGUCAGUGCAGCCGUGCGCCCCGCCGGGCUCCUCCUGCCCGCCCUGUCCGGGCUCCUCCUGCUGACGCUUCUCUCCUGAUGCCCCCUCCCAAGGCCAGUGCCAAUGCCUACAUGGCACAUGCUGGGACCCCUGCUGCCUGCAUUUGCCCCGCUGAUGGCCUCUCCAGCCCUGGAGAAGAGGAGGCUGCCCAUCUGCUCCAGGAGAGGAGGGAGAGGCAUGAGUGAGACUUGUACCCACAAUCCCCGGCUCCAUAAGGACCCCAUGGCCGGGCUGACUCCAGCCAGCUCCGCUGAGAGUCUCCCUUUGUCGCCCCCACGGCCA